CUCCCGGACGAAUAAAAUGUUGAGCGUAAAAUCCUGGCUUGGUUAUAUCUGAGAAUCUCCACUUCGCUGGUGUCCGAUGAAAGCUUGCAUAUGGACCAGGAAAGCAUGUCAUCACUACUGGCCCAGAUCAUGGAUGACAUGCACGGUACGGAGGAAAUAGUACGCAACAGAAGAAAAGUGAUUCUCGUCGACGAGUUUAUCCUAAACGCCAAGAAAAACGACGGGAAAAUUUCCGUUGGAGGCAGUGUAGGGGGUGGCUUCCUUAUGGACACCUCAGAUUUAGACCAAAUGUGUACACUUCUAGGCGUGAUUGUAAUAAAUCCCGAACAGAUAUACAGCUUUGAUCGUAACAACGAACACAAGAUUGUUCUUUUAAUGAGGAAGGGUGAUUGCAGGCCUGGGUAUGUUACUCUUGAAAUAUUGCAGCUUGCAGAAAUAAAUCCUUUCGGUUUUCGAAAUGCUGUUGUCCGCAUUGGAGAUUCCAUGUUUGUAUCCAGUGAUAUUUACAGGCAGGGAAUGGUAGAUAUGUAUACAGGGGAGUACGAUCUGGUCUCAAAUGGACCUUGCGUGUCUUUAUUAUCAACAAUUCAUCCAGAUCACGAUAUCGCAUUUGCUUUUCCAUGCUUGUGUUGGCCAAGAGGCGCUGAUGAAUGGGUACAUCGAACUCGCCUUCAUGGUUGGCCAACUCAGACAAUGAUUGACAGGAUUGUACAGGGUGGCUGUCAUGUCGUACCUGUUGGUGAUAAAUCUUCAACAGACACGCUGCUACAAUGGAGGAUUUCAUUUGCAUGUGCAGAACGACUAUUAGUUCAUUCUCUCACUCAUCCACAGUUCAGGUUAUAUGGAUUACUGAAAUAUUUUCUUACACAGAUCAAAGAGUUGUUAGACCAUAUUAUUGGAGACAGCGAUAUCCUUUGUUCAUAUUUCAUUAAAACAGUCAUCUUUUUCGCAGUUGAAAAUUCUCCAUCUGUGUUAUGGCACGAAAGAAACACAUUUCUAUGUCUACGCUUCUGUCUCAGUAUUUUGACUGCAUGGGUUAAAUCUGGUUAUUGCCCAAACUAUUUCAUUCAAGACAAUAACCUGUUUUUAAGGAAGGUUCAUGGGGAAAACCGACAAAAAAUUCUACAUUUCCUGAGAGAUUGCUAUGACCUGAAAUGGCCCAGAGUGUUUUUGUCAGUAGAGUCAGUCGUUACGUUUGACCUUAAAAAGUUGCUUCAGGAAAACCAAAACAAAGGGACGAACCAAAACAGUGAAUGUGAAAAGGAUUUAGACCUAUUUCGUAUAUGUCUUAAUGCAUUUGACCAUUCCGACAUAACUAGGGAAAGCCUUGAUGUUUCAUUACGACUUCUAGUUGUAGCAGAAUCUGAUGUUGAUGAAUUCAUUGCUUAUCGUGCAAUGACUACUGCCCUGUACAACACAGGGAAUAGCUUGUUUCCUGAGUACAAUACUACUGGUAGUAACAAGCAGAACUAUAGAGCUCUGAGGAAAUCUAAACACAUGUUGAUACCACAAGCGUCAAUGUGUACGAGUCCGGGACUUAUGAUGUUGGCAACAUUCCAUUAUCUCACUGGCAAUUACAGAAAAGCACUUGCGAUGUGUGCAGAUUUGAUGUCGACGUUAAAAGUUCACCUGGAUGUAGAAAUCCCAGAGAAUUCCCGGGAACGGUACACGAGGUUGUACUGUGGGCAAGUAAACACCUUGUACCAUAAACUGAAGUCGGGGGCUUAUACAUGUGUAACUUUUAACAAACGCAACAUUUGUCUGAGUUUACCACAGCUGCACCUCGAAAUCAGAAAACACACCUUUCCUUUAUAUAUACCUCCUUUGCCUUAUGCAGCCUUUCUCUCCUUCCUGUGCUACCAUGAUCUUGGUGACUCGAGGAGACGUGACAAAGAACUCACGAACCUUCGGGUGGUGAACUAUGACCCUGAACAAGGAGGACAUGAGUACUGGAUAGUACACACACUGCUAGGGAUCUGUUACCAAACAGCGGGGGACAAUCGCAGGGCCAUUAGGUCAUUUACGGAUUCUCUACAUGUGAUGCCUGAAAAGAAUCCUGCUUUAGAGAGAAUAGAGAAUCUACGGAAUUCUCAGUAGACAAAACAUCACAAUAUAUCAAGACAGUGCAAUACAAUCAGUAGGCUCAAGAUGUGAAAGUGGACAACGGACAAAAAGGACGCUUGUAUGUCAUGAGCGUACAAUAUAUCCAAAGACACACCUGCUGUGAACGUUAGGAAUUCCUGUUGCUUUGCUGUGUAGAUUUUUCGUAUUUAUAUUAACCUCCUGUCUAAUCCCACUGAAAUUUAACACUCGGAAACACUGUUUAUGACUUUUUUCAUCUUUUUGAUUUGUAUCAUUUUUCAUAACGGUGCCGUAAGGUAUGGUUUUCUUUUCAUACAUUAUUUAUCAGAGCUAUAGUCAUGCCGGGUAACAGUUUCUUAGUUACAGUUGUCACGGUGGUACGGAGAACCUUAACUAUGGGAAAGAGGCAUUAUGAGUUUUUAGUGAAUAUUGUUCUUGUGCAUAAUAAUAGUUAAUUUAUGAUGGGGGAUCAAGUCAUUUGGGCGCCUUCUUAUAUGUAAAUACAACCAUGAUAAUGUACCGAAAGUUUAACUACUUAUUAGAUAUCAAGGAUGAAAAAUAAUAGAAUUAUUCAGUAAAUAAGACUAUUUUCAGUCACAAAUGUGCAUAUUUAGAUACUUUAAUCGCAAAAUAAUUGAAGGCUCAGGACAGUCGAUAAUAACCGGAGAUGGGUAAAGAGGUGAUUGAAAACAAGGAAGAGAUUUUUUUUACAAUUUGCGGAAAUAUGAUAGAAUGAAGAAAUGGCUGGAUUUUUCAGUAAGAGUUAACGAAUGAUGAAUUACUUAAGGCAUCUGACAUCGUGUCUCUUUUAUGUCCAGACAGAUUUCUAGACAUCUUGUCCUUUCUCGCGAGAUUAUACGGGAUUUACAUGGUAGUAUGUGCUCUAAUCCAGUAGUCUGUUGUGGCCUGUCGUUGGUUACAAUGCGAUGCUACAAAAGUUUAUGUAUUUUAAUGAAAAUGACAUUUCAUACAUGAAUCUAUUAACAACAAGUGUAAAGGAUAAUAUUCAGAUGAUUCGUCAUUUGUGACCCAGAUAUUCGAUUACAUUUCCGUUUUACAUUGACACUAUUCCCCAUUUCGCAUGACACACAAUGUAUACACAUGGUAAACAGAAAUGUUGUAUUCAAUAUUGUGUGGCUGUGGUAAAGUACUAGUUAUGUUUUUAAUAAUGGUUUCAUUCAACUUAAUUAUAUGUUUAUGGCUAAUCAAAAGUGCUGUCGGAACAUUAACUGUAUUAAGAACAGAUGGAUUAAGAUUCAAAUACAAGCCUUGCAUGUUUCGGCCAUGUUACACUACUAUAUGAAAUGCCAUGAAAGAUUCAUAAAAACAUGAGAAAUAAUUAUCACAUGAGAAAAUUUAUGAAAAUCCCCUCAGAAAUACAAUGUACCUUGAAUUUGCCAUGAAAAACCAUGAAAGAAGACUUUUCAUGAAUAGACCUAAAAAUGGUAUCACAAGGCAUUUUCAGAACCAGGAAAAUCCGGUCAUGAUAUAAUCUUAAUGAUCGAAUUUGUUGUCGUAAAAUUAACCAUGAAAACGGAUAUAAUAUCUCAGAAGCAUGAAAUGAACGCAUUUAUAUAACUCUAGUUUUUUUCAAAAACUUAUGUCAGAAUGGAACAAUCCAGCCUGUCUGUUUCCCACUAUGACAUCUCUUGGAGCUCAGAAAAAGGUAUGUUUACGUUCAUCCCAUAUGGAUGUUCACCCAAUAUGUAGUAACAUUUAUAAAUAUCACGAUGAUAGACGAAUAUAUA